AAUGCACACACACCCAACUCACAAGAGCGCACCAUUGUAGCGCUAACGCUGACUUUACGACUGUACAGCUCUAAGCUCCAGACGUUUCCAUUGGAACUCGGUACAAGCCGGAGCUUAACAGCUCUCAGAGGUACGGGGUUGACGGCCAUUGCUAGAUACACGUAGAGAGAGAGGUGACACACAGGAGUAUAGAGGUGACACACAGGAGUAUAGAGGUGACACACAGGAGUAUAGAGGUGACACACACCACAGGACGGAAUGACCAGCUUCAAGAGAAUCUUAGCGGCAACAAAGCGGCAGGUCAACAGACUCGUCGAAUUCUCAGGGUUGGACGUGGGUCUGGUGGAGAACAUACUACAGUACGCCCAGCAGCUGCCCAAGCAAAAAGGUGGAGACAUUGACCUGCUCGUCUUCAUGGCGCAGAUGUCCAAACAGUUUGAACUCAAUUCAACAUUUCUCAUCCAGUCCAUGUUUGAAUCACUGAAAAAGCCCAAGGCCAGUAUGAUGACGGUGGAGGAGUACUGCCGGUGUGUCUGCCUGUUCCUCAGUGACAACCUCGAGAUCAAGAUGGACUACGUCUUUAACGUGUACGACAUCAACCGUGACGGCUCGCUCGAGUGGACGGAGCUCUACACGCUGCUCAGGCCUUGCAUUCUGUCAACGGAGUCUGAAGAUUCGGAGACUGACGUGGAGGACUCGCUGCGUGAUUUGAUUGACAUUGUCAUUAAAAUAACCGACCUGGACAACAACGGACAGAUCGACUGCACGGAGUUCAAGAAACUUGUCAAAUCAAACAUCCUUUACUUGCAGUUUUUAGGACCGUGUCUGCCCUUGGAACAAGUCGCUGACAACUUUAAAGCCAAGAUGAUCGGGAAGACGCCAUACCAGAUCAAGCUGGAGUUCGCCGACGAACGGCACAUCUCACUGUGCGAGAUUAAAAUCGCGCCAGAGGAAAGCCAGCAAUUGUACCCCGUCCCCCUCGACCUGCCUUGACCUACAUAAAACGUACCCCGUCCCCCUCGACCUGCCUUGACCUACAUAAAACGUACCUCGUCCCCCUCGACCUGCCUUGACCUACAUAAAACGUACCCCUUCCCCACUCGACCUGCCUUGACCUACAUAAAAAGUAAGCCUUCCCCCGCGACCUGCCUUGACCUACAUAAAACGUACCCCUUCCCCCGCGACCUGCCUUGACCUACAUAAAAAGUAACCCUUCCCCCCUCGACCUGCCUUGACCUACAUAAAACGUACCCCUUCCCCCCUCGACCUGCCUUGACCUACAUAAAACGUACCCCUUCCCCCCUCGACCUACCUAAACUGUACCCCGCCCCCUCGACCUACCUUGAACUACAAAAUCUGUACCCCGCCCCCUCGACCUACCUUGACAUACAGCCACGUAUUGACCUUCACCCUUAUAAGGUCUUAGAGUUUUUAUCAUUUUACAAAUAAAA